CCUCUCUUGUUUACUUCCUCUUCUCUCUCUCUCUUGUUAGUUCACUCCACAUAAUAAACACCAAACGUCUCAUUUUUCAUCACAAUUUCUAAAUUUCUUUAAUUGGAUUUAUUUCUCUAUUGAUUUCUUGAAUUGGGUUGUUCUUGUUUUUUUUACUAUAAUAAGUGUAAAUAAUCAUGAUGGGUCAAGAUCAUGAGGUUGGUAGUGAUCAGACGCAAAUCUUAAAAGGGAAACGUACCAAGCGACAAAGAUCAUCCUCGUCUAUGUUCUUGGUGGCGGCGGCGACCACUGUCACCUCCACAAGUUCAUCUGCCGGCGGAGGCGGUGGAGACAGAUCAGCUUCAGAUGAAUACAACUCGGUAAUUUCUUCUCCGGUUACUAUAACUGAUUGUACUGAAGAAGAGGAAGACAUGGCGAUUUGUCUCAUCAUGCUUGCACGUGGAGCGGCUCCAUCUUCGGAUCUGAAGAAUUCAAGAAAAGCUGAAAAGAUUCUUCAUCAGACGGAGACUUCGAGUUUCUAUGUCUACGAGUGUAAAACAUGUAACCGGACGUUCCCGUCGUUCCAAGCUCUUGGUGGACACAGGGCGAGCCACAAGAAGCCGAGAGCGUCUAUAGACGAAAAGGCUAAAGUACCCCUGAUGAACCUCAAGUCUAGUGCAUCAGAGGAAGGGCAAAACAGUCAUUUUAAAGUGUCCGGCUCAGCCCUAGCUUCAAAGGCAAGUAACAUCAUCAUCAGCAAACCAAACAAAGUACACGAGUGUUCGAUAUGUGGCUCUGAGUUCACUUCCGGGCAAGCACUCGGAGGCCACAUGAGGCGGCACAGGACUGCCACCACCGUGGUUAGCCCCGUCGCUACGGCUGAAGUUAGUAGAAACAGUACAGAGGAGGAGACUGAGAACUUGAGCCGUUCGAUGGAACAGAGAAAAUAUCUAUCGUUGGAUCUUAAUCUACCGGCACCAGAAGAUGAUCUAAGAGAGUCAAAGUUUCAAGGGAUAGUAUUCUCAGCAGCCACACCAGCGUUAAUAGACUGCCAUUACUAGUUGUUUAAAGUUGAAUGUUUAAUUACAUAAAUAUGAAGUUUGUGAAUUUUUCUUCUCAUACUAUAUUGUUGAACUGGAAGUGUCUUCCAAUAUUAAUUGAUUUUUAAAAAGAGUAAAAUGAAAUGUACAAGUUAUAAUGAAAGAGAGGGAAUAAUAGUGGGAGUUAAGUAAAGGGUUGUGUGAUAGUUAGAUGAUCUACUUGUUGAAGUAAGAAUAGUUUGAGUAAGCAAGUGGUUAGUGUUCAUGGUUGCCUUUCAUUCACGAAAAGCAAGUGACUUCCAAGGCAUAUUUUCUUUCCCUCUUUUUAAGGUAUAUUUUUAUUUAUUUUUUUUUAAUAAAAAUACAAUUUUU